AUGGUGUUCAUCCCUUUGACUAUGUACAUGCGAAUAUACAAGAAAGGUGAUAUUGUAGAUACCAAGGGUAUGGGCACAGUUCAGCAAGGAAUGCCUCACAAACGUUACCGCAGUAAGACUGGACGAGUCUAUAAUGUUACUCAACAUGUUGUAGGCAUUGUUGUAAACAAACAGGUUAAGGGCAAGAUUCUAGCCAAGAGAAUUAAUGUGCGUAUUGAGCAUAUUAAGCAUUCUAAGAGCCCAGAUAGCUUCCUGAAGCGUGUAAAGGAAAAUGAUCAGAAGAAGAAGGAAGCCAAAGAAAAAGGCACUCGGGUUCAACUGAAACAGCAGCCUGCUCCACCCAGAGAAGCACACUUUGUGAGAACCAAUGGCAAGGAACCUGAGCUGUUGGAACCAAUCCCCUACGAAUUCAUGGCAUAA